CCAUGCGACCAUCCACCACGAGGAAUAGAAAGACCACAGGAGCGCUGCGGCAGUUCGUCGCGGCCACCUCAGCGUCGCUGACGGUGAUGACGACGGGCUGCUGGCUCGGCUGGCCAUCGCCCUCCAUCAGGAAGCUGGAGUUCAACGAGACCAGCAUCAGAGUGAACCAAGACCAGAUCUCCUGGAUAGUGGCAGCCAUGGACGCCGGCAACGUCGUCAGCUCCAUCCCCGCCGGCUACCUCAUGGACCUGGUGGGCCGCCGCGUCGUCAUCCUCUUCUCAGGCGCCCUCUUCUUCUUCACCUGGAUGCUGGUGGGUCUGGCGACAACUCCCGCCAUGCUGUACAUCGCCAGGUUUUUGGCGGGGUUCGGCAAAGGUAUAACGUUCACGGUAGUACCCAUGUAUCUGGGAGAGAUAGCAAGUGUACCGAUCCGCGGCGCGUUGAGUACAGUGUUCGCGGGGCUCUUGUGGAGCGGGACAAUGUUCGAGUUCGCUAUCGGUCCCUACGUCAGUUUCGAAGUCUUGGCCGUUUUGUCUGCGAUCAUCCCAGUUUUAUUCUUCAGUUCCUUCCUAUUCAUGCCGGAUUCCCCUUACUAUUUACUUAUGCGGGGUAAAGAAGACGAAGCACGUCAUUCUCUCCGAUGGUUGAGGAAGCAACCACAGGUGAAAAGUCCUGAAAACAUCGUACCCUGCCUGGUCGAGAAGGAGCUGAAGGAGAUAAAAACCGCCGUCGAGGAGGAUUUACAACACAAAGCCAAGUUUUACGAUCUACUAUCUACUCCGGCGAGUCGGAGAGCCACAUUCAUUGUGCUGGUAAUCUCGGCGUUCCAGAGGCUGUGUGGGAUCAGCCCUCUUCUAGCGUACUCCAGCACCACUCUGCCGACACACGACGGCCUCAUAGGUCCUGCCGAGGUCAUCAUCGUGUUCGGCUGCAUCCUCACCGUCUCCAACUUCAUCGCCACCCCCCUGGUGGACCGGCUGGGGCGGAGACCUCUACUGCUCUUCUCCGGCGCCGGGUGCGGCGUCCUCACCGGCAUCAGCGGCGUCUACUACUACCUCGACAGAGAGACAGAGGUCGACAUGUCCUCCUACAUCUGGGUCCCGUACGUCUGUCUGCUCGGGUUCGGCGUCACCCACUCCAUGGGCAUCGGCGUCAUCCCCCACACCCUGCUGGCCGAGCUGUUCCCCACCAACGUCAAGAGCUUCGCCGCCGCCAUCGCCUCCAUCAUGUUCGCCCUGGCCUCCUUCCUCGUCAACAAGCUCUACACCACGGUAGACGACACCAUCGGACUGUACGCAAACUUUGCCUUCUUCUCCGUCAACGGGUUCCUCUGCACACUGUUCACCUACUUGUUCAUUUUCGAGACAAAAGGAAAGUCUUUCGUCGAGAUCCAGCGCUUCUUGAGGAGAAGUCCGUCAAUCUAUGAACUCAAACCAAUGUCGAAAUAAACCUCUCGUGUCCUCAAGCAAUAUUUAUGUGAUAAAUUAUUGUUAGGUCUAAGUAUUAACACUCGCAUCUAAAAAUAAUUCUGAUUUGUUUAGAGUUAUUUAUUGCUGUUGUAGCUCCUAUUUUUAAACUGUAAAAUUAUUCGUUAAGUUAUUUCAACUCUGUUGUUGUGUAUAUUUUAUUUAUUUAUU